AUGGCUCUCGGACCUCGCGGCGGAGAGUCUGAGGAGCCUGUUGAACAGCCCCCAAAGAUUGAAGAUGCGAGAGCUUCGCUCUUCAGGAUGCUGCGCGAAAAUCAGGAGCUUGAGAACGAGCUCAUGCGAGUGCGCGUGGGCAAUCAAAGAGCUGCAGGGAUUUUGGCCGGUCCGCUGCCGCCGCCGCUGCCGCAGCAACGGGAAUCCCCGCCGCUGGGGCCGGGAGGGGAGGCACCUCCCCUGGCAGUGGCCACCGCUGGCAGGGAGCGCCCCUCAGCGGACCUCCAUCAGCCGCCGCCCGAACCGCAUCCCGAGCCGCCCAAGCGGCCGCGGCUCGACAAUGACUAA